UCAGCUAGACUUCUGACACAGAACCAGACCAGAGCAUCAGAGACCAGAACAUCAGAGACCAGAGCAUCAGAGACCAGAGCAUCAGAGACCAGAGCAUCAGAGACCAGAGACCAGAGCAUCAGAGACCAUCUCAGACAAUACAAUCUUCAGCAUCUCAACCAUCUCUGAACCAUGAAGACCCUGACUGCUCUACUCCUCCUGGGACUGCUCUGCUCCCUGCAUACGACUUCUGCAGGAGUCAUCGCGUUGGACACUGCAACUGAAUGCUGUAUGAAAUUCAGCGCGAGGAUCCCUCUUCAACGAGUGGUUUCUCUCAGAACAACCUCCAGUAGCUGCCCUCGCAAAGCACUGAUUUUCACCACAAAGAAAGGGAAGACCUUUUGUGUUGACCCUUCUGAAGCCUGGGUCCAGAGUCAUGUGACCAAGAUUGAGAGCAGAUCGACUGCUGCCAAGACGACGACGAUGUCAUCAACCACCAUCACCCCCUAACACCCUAACCCUUGGUGGUGCACUAUAAAGGGAAUAGGUUGCCAUUAGUGGUGCAGACCUUGUCAGGCAUGUUGAUACCCUGUCUGAAAUUGGUAUAGAGGAGGAUCAAUGUAAUGUACUAGGUUCAUCUGAGAUUGGUACGGAGGAGGUUAAAUGUAAUGUACUAGGUUAAUACCCUAUCUGAGAUUGGUAUAGAGGAGGAUCAAUGUAAUGUACUAGGUUAAUACCCUAUCUGAGAUUGGUAUAGAGGAGGAUCAAUGUAAUGUACUAGGUUAAUACCCUAUCUGAGAUUGGUAUGGAGGAGGUUCAAUGUAAUGUACUAUGUCCAGGAUAUACAAAUUGUUUGUUUUUCUAAAACUGUAAACAUAUUUGACAUGUAUCUAUUCAGUA